AUGGAUGAAACUGUGGCUGAAUACAUCCGAAGAACUGUGCUAAAAAUCCCAAGGGAUGAAAUCAAGAUGAUGCUGCAGAAAUGGGGCUUUCUCUCUGAGGCACAGCUGCAGACUCUGAAUUUCCACCAGAUAAAGGACAACAUUUCUCAAGAAGUUGUUCAACUCUGUGAGGAAAAUUCUGCAGACAUAAAGCAAGCAGCAGUUCUAGACAUAAUUUACAACCACAUCUACCAAAACAAAAGAAUGUGGAGUGUUUACCAGAUGAAAAAAUCAGGAGAAGAAUUGGAAUAUUUUGAUAUAACAGAUUUCAAAAAAAAGUUUAAAAGAAGACUUCGGUCAGCCUUGAAAAAUGUCACCAUCACCUUUAAGGAGUAUGAGGACAAUGCAAUCUGGAUCCGAGUUGCCUGGGGAACACCACACAAGAAACCAAACCAGUACAAGCCCAGCUAUGUUGUGUACCAUUCACAGACUCCCUAUGUCUUCAUUUCUUCCUCAGUGCUGAAGAGCACCUUGCCUCUGCUGUGUCAGGCCCUGAUUGUUGCUUCCAAUUACCAUGACAUCCGUGACAUGGAGCUUCGAAGUCAUUCUUUAAACUCCCUUAAAGAUAUUGUGUUUAAAAGAUAUAGCCAGAACUUCCAAACUUGCCCUCCAAAACCUCUGCAAGGAGGGAACGUAGAACCAGAAAAUGCAGAUAUAAGGAUAGUUGAAGAAAACAGAAGUGAGAAAGAAAGAAUCCACAGACUGAACCAGGAAGUUUUUGGUAGUGGUCCCCAGCCAAAACUCGAAUUUGCACAAUACAGGCUUGAGACAAUGUUUAAAAGUGAUCCUAAAAUGGAUGUUUUGGAUAAAAAAGAGCCAUUCAGAUGUUUGGUCAAGUUUUCUAGUCCACAUCUUUUAGAAUCACUGAAAUUCUUGGCACCAGCAGGUAUGGCUGAUGCACCACUCUCACCACUCCUUACAUGCAUACCACAUAAAGCUAGGAAUUAUUUUAAAAUUAGAGAAAAAAAAGGUUUAUAUCCAGAAAGUUUUGUAAGCCCUUAA